GUUAAUUCUUAGUGGGUGACGGAGUAGGCAUACAGACAAAUGCCUCUCUGUCUCUGCCUCUGCGGUGACUCUUCACGAAGAAUGUCUGUGUUUCUAUCAUUACCCUCAGCUCCACAAACAAACACAAUCACGAGGCCACAAUUAAAAUAAAUAAAUAAAUAAUUUAUUUCCAAUAUAUUUUACCAAAUUUAAGCUCUUUCUCUUUCCCCUCAAUAAAUCAACCAUUUUUAGUUCAAUUUAGAUGACGAUAAUGUUCAUUUGAAAAGAAUCCGAGAUUAAUUUGAGUUCCACCAUACAUAGUUGACUGGUCAACUCCUUGCAAUUUCUUCACACGACUUUCCACUAAAUUUAGAUAUUUGAGAAAUUUUCAUUGACCCAUUUCAUCAUUUCCUCCAAUUCUCCCAAGAAAGCUUCGAGCUACUUCAGCUCUGAAAUUCAGGGCAACCCCAGAUUCUUGGAACUUGUAACUUUGCUUCUUUGUUGUUCUUGUUCUUGUUGUAGCGAUGGCUGCCGCCGUUCCUCCGCCUCCUGCCGCUGAAGAAGAAGGAGCAAUUCUUAAUGAAUUUACACCUCCGAUUUUGUUAGCUGAUAAGAUUUUGAAAUUGGCCCAAGAAGCGGUUUCUUCGAGGCAAGAAUGUGUUGAUAUAGCCCAACAAGUCGACGAAAUUUACCGGAAGCUUCAAGCCACCGUUCGCCUGAUCUCCACCACCACGCAGCCGCUCUACGAGCGCCCAAUUCGCCGGAUCGUGGCCGAUGUAACGAAGAAUCUCGAACGUGCUUUGAACUUCGUCAGCAAAUGCCGCCAUAGUGGGUUUCUCAGGCAAGUUUUCUCCAUGACCACCAUUGCCGAUUUCCGUAAGGUUUCAGGUCUUCUCGAGUCUUCAAUCGGCGAUAUGAAAUGGCUUAUUUCCAUUUUUGAUCCCGAUGGCUCUGUUGGGUUGCCUCCGAUUGCGAGUAACGACCCAACUUUAGCCUAUAUUUGGCCUUGUAUUGCCACAAUCCAAAUGGGUUCAAUUAAGAAUCUCGAAGCUGCGAAUCAGUUAACGUUACUCACUCGUGGGAACGAUCGGAAUCAGAAAAUCGUGGUGGAGGAAGGCGGCGUUCCGCCAUUGCUUAAAUUACUUAAGGAUUAUGCUUCCCCUGAUGCUCAAAUUUCUGCUGCUAAUGUUCUUAUUAAUGUUGCUUCUGUUCCUGAAAGGGUUAAAUCCAUUUUGGAUGUUCUUGGGGUUCCGAUUAUUGUUCAAGCUCUUAAUUAUUCCUCCAUGAGGGUUCAAAUUGUUGUGGCAAAUUUGGUUUCGCAAAUGGCUGAACUUAGCUCUCUUGCUCGAGAGGAGUUUGCUAGAGAGAAUGUUACUAAACCUUUGGUUACUUGUUUGUCUAUUGAUAUGGUUUUGGAUGAUCCUAAAGUUCAUUUAGGGAAGAGUAGUUUUCAUUCUGUGGUUGAGAUGAAGAAGGAGCUUGAUGGGAAAGCUUCGAGUAGUUCACUGAAUUUGAAUUCGUCGUCGGGUUUGUGUUCGUCGUAUUCUGAUGGUAGUAGCAGAGGAGGCCAUCAGAGAAAGGAGAAAGAAGUUGAGAGCUCUGAAGUUAAGCUUCAGCUUAAGGUGAAUUGUGCUGAAGCUCUAUGGAGACUCUCGGAAGGGAGCGUUUCGAAUAGUCGAAAGAUCACGGAGACGAAAGGGUUGUUGUGUAUGGCGAAGAUUAUCGAGAGUGAAGAAGGGGAUUUGCAAUACAAUUGCUUGAGGACAGUGAUGGAGGUAACGGCUGUUGCAGAGUCGAAGCCAGACUUUAGACAUGUUGCAUUUAAGAUCACUUCACUCGCUCCGAAAGCGAUUCUGUAUCAACUUUCGAGAUUGAUUCAAGAGGAACGUGAUCCAAGGUUGCAAGUUCCCGCAAUCAAAUCGAUCGGUUCUCUUGCAAGGAUUUUUCCUGCUAAGGAAUCACGGAUUAUCGAUCUUUUGGUUAUGCAGAUGAAGAGUAUAAACAUGGACGUAGCCUUGGAGGCGGUCGUUGCGUUAGGGAAGUUUGCUUGCCUCGAAAAUUAUAACUGCGUAGCACAUUCGAAGUCGAUUAUCGAGUUUGAUGGCGUUCCUCCUCUAAUGAAACUUUUAAGACAAAACGAGGCUGCUCAAGUACCUGGCUUAAAGCUGCUAUGUUAUCUUGCACUGAGUGCAGGCAAUAGCAAGGCUUUAGAGGAGGCUCAUGCCUUGAAUGAGAUGAAGAGGAUGGCUCGUCUCGUUUUCGCUCACACCGACUUGCACGAGUUGUAUUCUAAAGCCAUACACCACCUUACUCUUUAUCAGGCUGGAGCUCAUCAUAUCCACAGGCACCACUUUUCACCGUGAGCUUAAUAAGCAAUGUUGUUGUACAUUAAAUCAAAUUGGAGGUUGUUCAAAGUUCUUCACAAUCUGAGAUUAAGUCGCUAUAGUCCACACAGAAUAGCGACUGCACGAGUCGCACCGUCAAUGGCCCAGGGUAGAGACCGAGACAAGACAUUGAAGAACUCUGGCUCUGGCUCUGGCUCUGGCUCUGGCUCUGGCUCUGGCUCUGGUGCCCUUCAUACACGAACGUCCUGGAAAUUCCGAAGGAAAUGAACACAUCACACUAGAUGUUACAUUGGUUGGCUCUGUCCCACAUCACUAAACCCAGAGAGAUUAGUUCCUUCAACGUCCACGACACGAAUGGGAUGUACUCGGGCGUUGAGGCUCGUAAAAGGAAAUUUUGCAGGGUGUCCAGCAUCAUCACGUGUCAACUUUAAGCAAAGGGGAAUCCAAGCCAAAGCUAAUGAAGAAUCUGAAGCAAUUUCUGAUUACACCUAAUUCUUUGCAAGUUUCAAAGUGUAUUGACUUCUCCACAUAAACUGAACCUUUACUCUACUUCUCCAUAGCUCAUAUUCUUCUAAAUGUCUUUUCCCGACGAACGACAUGUAUUAGUGACGGUAUCGAGAAAUCCUAACUAGUCUGACUCGAUGAUAGCAAGCAUGAUAUAGAA